AGCACUCGAGAAUCUAUCUGUCAACCCAUACCACGAGACUCUAUUUUAUAGAGUCGAAAAUCCUUGUGAUCGGACAUGAACAUUCGCGUAGAUGUACGCGUACGUUCGCGCAAGAAGAAGAAAGGAGGAAGAAGACAAUGCUGCGGCUCUCUUCUUCUACUUCUUCUUGCUGUUUUAGGGCUUUCCUCUUCGCGGGUUUGCGCACGAAGAGAAUCGUUUAAGGUGGAAUACCUCCCGGGAUUUCGUCACGAAGGGCCUCUCCCGUUCCAUCUUGAAACCGGGUAUAUUGGUGUGGGUGAAGCAGAAGAAGUGCAACUCUUUUACUACUUUGUAAGAUCAGAAUCAAACCAUAGUAUAGAUCCCAUUGUGCUUUGGAUCUCUGGUGGACCAUGUUGCUCUACUUUGUUUGCAUUGACUCAGGAAUUUGGACCAUUGAUCUUUGAUAGACCCAAGGAUUUGAAAGCCAUGCCCACUUUGUCAUUGAAUUCCUACCCGUGGACAAAGAUUGCAAAUUUUAUCAUGCUGGAUUUCCCGGUGGGAACUGGGUUUUCGUACUCAAAGAAUCCAGCCCACCCUAAUUCAACUAUUUUGGAAGCCCGUUAUCAUGGCGCGGAAUUCGUUCGCAAGUGGUUAGAAGAUCGUCCUGAGUAUCAAUCCAAUCCAUUUUAUAUCGGUGGAGACUCAUAUUCUGGCAUUACUAUUCCGGUCGUCGCUCAAGCCAUAUCAAGUGGUAUGGAACAUGGGUUAAAGCCAAAAGUUAAUUUUAAGGGUUAUUUACUUGGCAAUCCCGCCACGUUUGGCCAAGCGGAGCGAGAUUACAUUCCUACACAUAUCCAUGGGUUAGGGCUUAUGUCUGAUGAACUAUACGAGUUAUGGAAGAGAGAUUGCAGAGAAAACACCAGCAUGUCCAAAUGUACCAAGGAGAUGGAGAAAAUGCAGAAAUUCACUAUUCAAGUUAUGAUGGCAAAUACUUUGAUGCCUGCUUGCUCUUGGAUAAAUGAAAAUGAUGACGCAUCUUCCCAGCAGAGAGCUCUUAUUUCUAAUAAGAGGUUUAAAGGGGUCAAUGUUCAUGCCAUUGAUAUUUCGAUAAUGUGUUAUGGAAAUAUAAUUGCGGGAAGGUGGGCCAAUGACGUCACCGUUCGAGAGGCACUACAUAUUCGAAAGGGAAGUAAAGAAACGUGGUCGCAAUGCAACCAUUUCCUUGGCCUUCAUUAUGAGAUUGGUAUAAGCGACGCGAGACCCUAUCAUGCAAACCUUAGCACAAAAGGUUACAGAUCUCUUAUUUACAGCGGCGAUCAUGAUUUGUUGGUACCCUCUAUAUCCUCUGAAGCGUGGACAAAGUCGUUGAAUUACUCUAUUCUUAGUGAUUGGCGCCCAUGGCUUGUGAAUGGUCAAAUUGCAGGCUAUACGAGGACAUUUUCCAACAACAUGACAUUUGCGACGGCUAAGGGAUCAGGUCAUUGCACUCCAACAUUUACACCACUAGAAUCUUUUGUCAUGUUCAAAAGAUGGAUGUCUUAUGAAGCACUUUAAGAACGAAAUAUUUAUGAUACUCAAAGUUUGGAAUAAAAAAUUUGUAUUGGAAUAUUUUUGUUGUAAAAAUUUGUUUGGUAGUUUUUUACGGGCGAAGUCUGCACUUAAACGGACAAGCCAAGUUCCUAAGCCACAUAAACCACAAAAUAUAAUUGGUUUGUGGUU